CAUAUGCCACUUUUUAAAUCUUAUUACUUCAAGUGAAAGAAAUCAGUACCUCAGAAAAACACUUUAAAAAUAGUGCUAUUAAGUAAAUCUAAUCACUUUUAAUCAUCUUCAUUCCAUUGAUAGUUGUUGCAGUACUGAAAAUGAAUGAAACAUUCUGGACGUGUUUAAUCGCUUCAAUUUCGCUGACAUUGGUAUAUGCUGGUAAUGGUGUUAUAUCUGCAUGUUAUCCGAAUCCUUGUUUAAACAGUGGCACAUGCCAGGACCUGUCAGGCGGUGACAAGUCCACAUUUAGUUGCACGUGUACUGCAAAUUAUACCGGAGCAACGUGUGAUCAGGAGAUAACUGACUCAACUGACCCAGGCUUGUCCGACGGAGAAAUAGCUGGUAUCGUAGUUGGAAGUGUGGUGUUACUAGUACUUAUAGUUGUCAUUGCUAUAAUUAUUUGGAAAUUUUGUUGUCAAAAAUCGGAAAAUGUUGCCAUGUAAUGAUACAGCAAUUCCAUGUUAAUUCAAUAUAACCCGUCAUCAAGUCAAAGAAAUCUUAUUCCGUCCGUGGCAAAUAAUAUAGUGAUCGUAAUAUGAGAUUCUUAAUAUUUUGAUUAUUCAUUUUAAUUUGUUAUAUACAUUAUCAAACAAAAAUGGUGUACUGGUAUGAUUGAUUUAAAAUUGUUACAUCUUA